GGCGACGUGAGGCGGUCUUUGGUCAGGCUUCACCGAGAUCCUGGGAAAGCGAAAUGGAGGGGUGUGUGUCUAACCUAAUGGUCUGCAACCUGGCCUACAGCGGGAAGCUGGAGGAGUUGAAGGAGAGGAUCCUGGCCGAUAAAUCCCUGGCCACUAGGACUGACCAGGACAGCAGAACUGCCUUGCAUUGGGCAUGCUCAGCCGGACAUACAGAAAUUGUUGAAUUCUUGCUGCAACUUGGAGUGCCAGUGAAUGAUAAAGAUGAUGCAGGUUGGUCUCCUCUUCAUAUUGCUGCUUCCGCUGGCCGGGAUGAGAUUGUAAAAGCUCUUCUGGGAAAAGGUGCUCAAGUGAAUGCUGUCAAUCAAAAUGGCUGUACUCCCCUACAUUAUGCAGCUUCCAAAAACAGGCAUGAGAUUGCUGUCAUGUUACUGGAAGGCGGGGCUAAUCCAGAUGCUAAGGACCAUUAUGAGGCUACAGCAAUGCACCGGGCAGCAGCCAAGGGUAACUUGAAGAUGAUUCAUAUUCUUCUGUACUACAAAGCUUCCACAAACAUCCAAGACACUGAGGGUAACACUCCUCUACACUUAGCCUGUGAUGAGGAGAGAGUGGAAGUAGCAAAACUGCUGGUGUCCCACGGAGCAAGUAUUUACAUUGAGAAUAAAGAAGAAAAGACACCCCUGCAAGUGGCCAAAGGUGGUCUGGGUUUAAUACUCAAGAGAAUGGUGGAAAGUUAAGCAGCUUGGAUUUACUCUUACUUUGUAUGUUUUGUGGUUGUCCCCUACUGUCCUAGAAACUAAUGUGCACAAGAUGUCAUCUAUGAAUUAUGAAGUUGUUUCAUCUUCCAAGUAUUAUAAACAUGUUGACUAUUGUUCCUGCUGAGGUAUUUUUUUCUUAGCUUACAACUUGCUUUCCAGGCAUUGAAUAACAAUAAUAAUAAUUGAGAUUGUUCUAUUGUUGUAUAUUAUUCUGUAUUGAAUCUUGGUUAACUUUGAGUCAGUGAUUCUGUGGCUGUUGUGAGUCUUCAGCACCCUGCCAUGCACCCUUUAUCCCCCUCUGAGGCAGAACAACCCCAAUAGCACCAGGCCAAUUGUUUUGCCAAAUGUUUCUAGGUGGAUUCUAGAAUGUUCUUCCAUACAGUUGAAACACAUCGUAACUCGUUUUUCAAGCCCACUCAGAGGCCUAUGCCAAAUAUUUCUGUUUUUUCCAACAGUAUGGUUUAAUUUGUUUUUGUUAUAGGAGGAAUACUUACAUAUUGUGAGGAUGAAAUUUUCAGUUCAGAGGGCAGGCACGCUAUCCAAGUUUGGCAUUCAUAAACACUAAAAUAAUGAAAAAUAAUAGCCUGUGUACCAAUGUAUGUUUUUAAUGAUGAGCUAUUUCCCUCCAAAAUAAAGUGUAUUGUUUUACACAGGCCUCUCACUGUUGUGGCCUCUCCCGUUGCGGAGCACAGGCUCCGGACGCGCAGGCUCAGCGGCCGUGGCACACGGGCCCAGCUGCUUCGCAGCAUGUGGGAUCUUCCCGGACCGGGGCACGAACCUGUGUCCCCUGCAUCGGCAGGCAGACUCAACCACUGCGCCACCAGGGAAGCCCAAGUUUAUUGUUUUUAUAAAGGAAGUUUUAAAGUACCUAUAUUAAGUCAUCCUGUAUUGAAAAGAAUGUCAAGCUUGUUAUGAUGUGUAACAAAAAUGUGUUUUUAUUUGUAUUUCAGAAACUAAAAAAAUAAAAUGUUGAGAGAA